ACUUAUUUUAGUGAUGUAUAGGUUAUGUUAUGAUAUCACGAAAUUUUGUGCUAUAAAUACUUACGUUGGGAAAUUAAGUGAAAAGGAAACUUCAACUUGAUGGUUAUUUAGUUAAAAAUGAAGUUUGGUCAGUGUUAUAACAAAUUAUUAAACAAAUCAAUCUUAUUUAACGUUAACGUGCAAAAUACAAGAAAUAAAUCAACGAAAACCAUCGAAAAAACAGUCAUAAUUUCAAAAUCGCGGGAUAUCUACACGAAUUUAGCGCUUGAACAUUGGUUUUUUAAGAAUUGGGAUUUUACGAAUAAACAUUUAUUGAUGUUAUGGACUAACAAUCCUUGCGUAGUAAUCGGAAAAUUCCAAAACCCUUGGCUUGAAUGCAACAUACCCCACUUAAAAACCCUUACUCCGAGUGGUGUAAAAUUAGCGCGAAGAAACAGUGGUGGAGGAACCGUUUAUCACGACCCAGGUAAUUUAAAUUUAACCUUUUUCACCUCCAAUCAAGACCUAAAUCGGAAACAUAACCUAGAAAUGGUUAAAAAUGCGAUUUUAAAACGAUUUGGAUUGGAGAUAAUCGUUUCUGAUCGAGAUGAUUUAAUUUAUGGGGAUUAUAAGGUUUCUGGGACAGCGGCUAGAUACACAAGAACGACUUCCUACCAUCAUUGCACGUUGUUAGUUAAUGCUGAUAAAAAUAUAUUAUCAAAAAGUUUACAAAAACCAAGUUAUUUCAUCAAAACGAAUGCUUCGCAAUCGACUCGAAGUCCUAUAAAAAAUUUAAACGAAUUAAAUCAAAAAAUAACAAUCCCCGAAUUAAUACAACCAAUAUCCAAGGAAUAUUUAACAACUUUACCUUACCUCAAAGACAAUUUUGAUAUUAAUUUAAUCUCCAACCAUAAUAUUCAUCAUGUAAACCCAACGGAAGAGGAUUACCCGGAAUUAUUAGACUUUCGGGAUGAAAUGAAGAGUUCUGAGUGGAUUUUUGGAUCAUGCCCAGAUUUUACAGCAACUAAACUAAUCAAUUUAGAUGAAAGUACCGAAAUUAAAGUGAAUUUUAACGUUGUAAAAGGAAUCGUAACUGAUGUAGAUGUAGAAAAUAAUUUUAAUCGGAAAUUAUAUUUGGAACUUUUUAAAGACCGAAAAUUCGAUGAAAAUCUAUUCGAGGAGAUUAAGGAUUGUUUAAAUAAAGAAUUAAAUCAAAGUGUAGUCCAUAAAUCAAUAAAUAAUUAGAAUAAAAAAUAA